AUGAACCACCAACUGAUCAGAAGGACUUUGGUAGUCGGACUCAGCAGAAGGACAACACCCAGACUCAACCACUCCUACUCGACGACAACCAGUAAUAGCAACUUUAAGAGAACAACAGCAACAGUAGGACUGAUACUCGGAAUCCCACUGACUGCCUAUCUCAUCUAUCGCUCACAGUUACCGCAGGUCUACCCGGACUCAAUCCAGCAGCUAUUGCGUCAAGCCCUGGUUGCUGAGCACCGAUUGGACCACCGGAAAUCGGAGAUCCUAUUCAGACAGGCCUACGAGCAAUCCAAGCAGCACGUCCGGUCCGGAGAGCUCGAUUGGCUCAAGAGCUCGGCCAUCGCGAUCAGAUGGGCGGCCUCCUUGGAAGGGACGGCGAGGGUGGAUCGGGCGAUCGAGGUCUACCAACUCGUCUUCGACGACUUGCGUCUUGCUCUCCCCGGAUUAUCAAUCCAUGAACGAUUACGGACGAUCGAAAUCGCCCAGAAACUCGCUCAACUGUUCCCCUCCUCAGCCCCACCUGGGAAACGGCCUGAGUUGGUGCAGAAGAAGAUCGAGGAGUGUCUCACCUUCAGCGUCGAAGAAAUACUAAAAAUUCAAAAUAAAGAUGGUACAACACCUCCUGAUCAUCAUCAACUGCCAUCAAUCGAUCAACAGCUUGAAGCUCUCGAAUCGUUGCCCUCUUGGGUCGGAAGACUCCAGAUUGCUAGCUGUUUUGAAACCCUCGGCAAGUUCUACGCCCAACGAGGUCAGAUCGAUUUUGCCUUGCCUCUAUAUCUCCAAACCCUGAACCUAUUACUUCCGCCCCCAUCAGACAAGGAUACGAAUCGGAGCAGGUCCAGUCCGACGCACGAAGCGCAAUGCCAAGCAGCGACGGUGAUGAACAACAUCGGCCAGCUGCUGUUUUCGCGUUCGGAGACGGAGCGGGCGGCGGACGGAGCCGGCGAGCGACUGCGUCUGAAUGCCGCCCAGUGGCUCGGCCAGUCCUCCGCCCUCGCCCAACGGGUCCUUGAAGAACACCACCAGGUACCCCUCGACGUUCCUGGUCGGACGGCGCUCGCCGACCUUCCCAUCGGGGCCUUGGCUGAAUGUCGAGACGCAUUCAUUGCCGCUAACGCUAACCUGAACUCCCUCAAUCAUCCCCCCACUCCGAAGAAUAGCUCGCCCGGUCGCUGAUACAGCCUUACCUCACACCUACAACUUGAAUCACAAGAUAGACCAGCAACCUGGACUGAUUUUGUCACUGUAUCUGUAUCUAUUUAUUACAAGAAAGAAGUCCAUAAUCUCCAAGCUUGCAGCUUAUAAGUCCAGAUAGAGGAGCU